AUGACUGCUUCAACUCGAAUAAUAUACCAAGGGAAAUAUUAUUUUCUUCAUAAAAAAAUAAUAGAGCUUACUCUUACUAACCAUUUUUUUUUAACUUAUCCAGGGUCAAAUUCAGCGACAUUUACGAUAGUAAACAAGUGUAGCUUCCCGGUUUGGCCAGGGAUUUUGUCCGGCGCCGGAACGGCGCAACUCGCUACCACCGGCUUUGCCCUGCAACCCGCCCAGUCCCACGCCUUCGUCGUCCCCACCACCUGGUCCGGCCGCCUAUGGGGCCGAACCCUGUGCUCCACGGACUCCGCUGGAAAAUUCUCCUGCGUCACCGGAGACUGCGGCUCCUCCGCCGUGGAAUGCAACGGUGGAGGCGCCACCCCGCCUGUCACACUGGCGGAGUUCACCUUGAACGGCGGCGGUGGACUGGAUUUCUACGACGUCAGCGUGGUGGACGGCUACAACCUCCCAAUGCUGGUUGACCACGGGGGAAACUGCACCGCGACGGGAUGCGCGGUGGACUUGAACGGAGGGUGUCCGGCGGAGCUGAAGGUGAAGGCGGCAUCGAGUGGGGAGGGCGUGGCGUGCAAGAGCGCGUGCGAAGCCUUUGGGGAUCCGCGGUAUUGUUGUAGUGGGCCCUAUGCGACGCCUGAGACAUGCAAGGCGAGCUCUUACUCGGAGUUGUUGAAGAGCGCGUGCCCACGCGCCUAUAGCUUUGCAUACGAUGAUGCCACCAGCACCUUCACUUGUGCCUCGGCGAAUUAUCUCAUCACUUUCUGUCCCUCCUCCACCAAAAGGUCGAUAAAAUCAGGAAAUGGAAAAUUCCCAGUUGCAGUAGAUAUCUCAGUUGGGCAUGGUUAUGGUGAGAAGUCACCGAAGCUAAUGAUAUUAGGUCUUGCGACUGUUUUAUUAACAAUAUGGUGGGAACUGAGUUAGGUGAUGGAAGCAGUUUCAGUUAGAGACUACCUCCCUCUGUAAUUCACAUUACACAAGAGUUCAGUUUUUAUGAACUAUUUACGUAUACUUGUUUUCUUUGUUGCAAGCUAAUGCAAUUGUACAGUUUACAGUAUUCAAGUGAGAUAUUGUGGUGCAUUGCAUCAUGCUUUUCAUAAUU